AUGUUUGCACGCUUCAAGGAGUCGUUGAGUCCUGCUCCCCAAGAAAUCUCGACAAAACGCCGCGAGCAGAUAAGGAGGGCACAGCGUACACAUCGCGAGCGAAGAGCGAAGUAUUUGGAAAACCUCGAGGCUGAGAUCAAGUACUUGCGAACAGAGAAUGGCCGCCUUACGCGCGAUUUGGCGCGGAAGGAUAUCGUGAACGACAGACUUCGCAUUCUCCUGGCUGCCAGCAACAUAACAAUCCCUCCCGAAAUGAAUACUGUGGAAGACUCGGCGUUGACAACACGCGUAGAAGUAGUGGGCAAAACUGGAGAAAUGCAGCAUUUACGCCUGACUACAACUCCAGCAGAUGCAUCAUUACCAGUGUCGUCCGGGCGGCCAUCGCUCAACCUCCCGCCUCCAAGCAGCAAAGACCCACUCGCCUCAAUUGAGGACGCUCAAACCGCGAUCUCUUUCGUACUCGCCCUCGAACAGCCAUGCCUCCCACAUUGGCAUCGGCAUAUCGGCGAGGACGACGAGAACGGUCAUGCAACGCAACUGCAAUCCUCGAUCCUGGAGAUUCCGCCUGAAUCUUCCGACGUACAAAUGCUGGAUGCGCAAGUUGCAAAGGCUCAGCCUGUACCUACAGGCACCCAGUGGACUGUGUCUACAGAGCAUCUGAGGACACAACUCGAAGCGCUAGCGCAAACAUCGAAGAGACUGAGUCUCGAAGGCGAAUUAGUACCGGUAAUGUGUUGGAAGGCGAUCACGGAGUGGCACAAGAAUGCGCCAAUUACUCUGGGUCAACUCGCACGGCUUGAACAGGCGCUGAGGGAAGAGAUCAUGUGCUAUGGAUUCGGUGCGGUCAUCGAUACCGUGACUUUCGAUGCGAUCUGUCGCAGAACGUUGAGGAGCCAUUAG